CCCCAGCCUUGAAAUAAAUACCAGAGCCGCAUAAUUACGUACUUCCGGGAGAUUGCGCAUUUCAUCAUCUCGAAUGACCAAAAACUCACAUUUAACACAUGCACGUGUUUUAUUUUUAUAUACACAUAAUUAAUAUAACGAAUUUAGUUUUCAAUACAAACUUUCGCGUGUUUUAUUUUUUUUCCUCUGUGCACCGCGUACGCACGCCCCUUUAGGUAAGAUAACACGAUGGCAGUCUGGGAAUUGUAGUUUCUUAAGCGCUUGCAAUUCCCCAUUAUGUGCGCAGCCUGUAGCUUCCAGAUCUUGCCAAAGACGAAUAAUUCAUUAAAAACCCACAUUCCUAGCAGUGAUUAUGUCUACCUAAUUAAUUGCAUUACCAAAUAUGAGAUAAUUAAUAACCUAUUGUGCUUCGUGGAUGGGGAAGAGCAACUCCCAACGCGUUCCACAGGCUUGUUUUGCGUGUAGAAAGCAGCUCUGAAAUGUAUUGUUAGUAAUGUACAGAGGCUGUCCUCCUUCUGCUCCAUUACCAUAGCCCUCGCUGUCAGCAGUGACGCGCCUCCAGAGGUGAGACCAAACGCAGGAAGGAGCUGGAAGUGCGCUGAGCACUAAUGGAGGAGCAGGACGCAGGCUUGUGCGGGGCAGUCGCGGCGUCUUCAGAGGCACAACGUCAACUUUCGGGAAACUUCUGAGCGCAUCGUUAAGUUGCUCGUAGGCAUAUAUGUCAGAGUGGGUAUUCACCUCUGCGUUAAAAUGAGCAGGAGUGUGUGGAAGAAAGCCUUUGCGUGGCAUUUUCUCGUAUUGCUGUGCAGUAACCCUCUCCAGAUGUGCUCCUGCAAUGGGAACACGGUCACUCUGCCUGAAACACUGCUCUUCGUCUCCACCCUCGAUGGAAGUUUACAUGCGGUCAGCAAGAGGACCGGCUCCAUAAACUGGACGCUAAAGGAAGAUCCUGUUCUUCAGGUUCCAAUGCAUGUUGCAGAGCCUGCGUUUCUGCCGGACCCCAACGAUGGGAGCCUGUACUCCCUGGGAGGCAAAAACAACGAAGGACUCCUGAAACUGCCCUUCACAAUUCCUGAGCUGGUGCAGGCAUCGCCUUGCAGAAGUUCUGACGGGAUUCUUUACAUGGGUAAGAAGCAGGACCUCUGGUUCGUGGUGGACCUGGUUACUGGAGAGAAGCAGCAGACCCUGACUUCUUCAUUUGCAGGAGCGCUCUGCCCCUCCUCCUCCCUGAUCUACCUGGGACGCACAGAAUACACCAUCACCAUGUAUGACACGAAGAACAAAGAGCUGAGGUGGAAUGCCACGUACUUCGACUACGCUUCCACGCUGCCUGACAAAGACACUGAGUACAAAAUGUCUCACUUCGUGUCCAACGGAGACGGUCUGGUGGUCACCGUGGACCCCGAGUCGGGGGAUGUCCUGUGGAUUCAGAAGUAUAACUCCCCUGUGGUGGCGAUGUACAUCUGGCAGCGGGAGGGGCUGCGCAAGGUGGCGCACACCAACGUGGGGGUGGAGACCCUGCGCUACCUCACCUUCAUGUCUGGGGAAGUGGGGCGCAUCACCAAGUGGAAGUACCCCUUCCCCAAAGAGACCAAAGCCAAGAACAAGCUCAUGGCGACACUUUAUGUGGGCAAGUACUCAAGCAGCCUGUACGCCUCCCCCUCCCUGGUGCACGACGGGGUCACUGUUGUGCCUCGAGGCAGCGCCUUUCCCUUGCUAGAGGGUCCGAAAACUGCAGGCGUGACCAUCGGAGACCAAGAGGAGUGCUUCAUUACCCCC